AAUACGUCGUUUCUGUCGUCGAAGCUACGCGCAAGUGUUGGCACCACCUUUUGCAAGUCGGCCAAGAAAAUGGAUUCACAAGUAAAUGAAGAGCAGCUUUCGAGUUCGCCACCUGAUAAGCCUAAACUCAAGGAGGGGAAUUAUAUAGCUGAAGGCAGGGACUCCAACAGAACAACUUGGCUACUGUUCUCCCCAGCUACCCGGGAUGAAGCUGGUUCCCUCGCAAAGUUCUUGAGCGUCUUCUCCUCUUAUGGAGUCAAUCUCCGCCACAUCGAGUCUAGGUCUUCUGCUAGACGCCCAGGCUACGAGUUCAUGGUGGAAUGUGAGCACGGCUCCGGAGAUUUUGCGGCCGCUGUCGCGAAGCUGCAGAACAGCACUGGAUACCUGAACAUCAUUUCGAGGAAUUACAAGGACAACCGAUCUGUUGUGCCCUGGUUCCCAAGACGUAUCAGGGAUUUGGACAGGUUCGCUAACCAGAUCCUCUCAUAUGGCGCUGAGCUUGACUCAGACCACCCUGGCUUCACCGACCCAGAGUAUCGUGCAAGAAGGAAGUACUUUGCCGACAUCGCCUACAACUACAAACAUGGUCAGGCGUUACCCCAUGUGGACUACACUAAAGAGGAAAUAGCAACCUGGGGCCAAGUAUUCAGGAAACUAGUAGAAUUGUACCCAACCCACGCCUGUAAGGAACAUAACCACGUGUUCCCACUUCUGAUCGAAAACUGUGGGUAUAGGGAAGAUAAUAUACCACAGCUCGAAGACGUCUCCAAUUUCUUGAAAGAUUGUACCGGUUUCACGCUCCGACCAGUGGCCGGUCUGCUCUCCUCCAGAGACUUCCUGGCUGGCCUAGCAUUCAGGGUAUUCCACAGCACCCAGUACAUCAGGCAUCACUCCAGGCCUCUCUACACACCGGAGCCCGAUGUUUGCCACGAGCUACUUGGUCAUGCACCUCUCUUCGCAGAUCCGGCGUUCGCGCAGUUUUCACAGGAAAUUGGACUCGCGUCUUUGGGAGCUCCUGAUGAUUAUAUCGAGAAAUUGGCAACUUGUUUCUGGUUCACUGUUGAGUUUGGGUUGUGUCGUCAAGAUGGCCAGCUAAAGGCAUACGGCGCUGGUCUUCUCUCAUCGUUCGGUGAACUUCAGUACUGCCUCACCGACAAGCCACAACUUAAGGAAUUUGAGCCUGAGGUUACUGGACAACAGAAAUAUCCUAUAACAGACUACCAGCCUAUUUACUUCGUCGCUAACAGCUUCGAAAACGCAAAAGAGAAGAUGAUAAAAUUUGCUCAAACAAUCCCUCGUGAUUUUGGUGUCCGGUAUAACCCUUACACACAAAGUAUUGAUUUUUUGGACUCUACAAAGCAGAUGAAGGACCUUCUGCGGCAGGUACAUCAGGAGAUGGACCUCCUUCUGACCACCAUGGAGAAACUAACAUAGUAUUUUACCUUUAUUCUUAAAGCAUUAUUAAUAAAGUUAGUAUACUCAAUAUUUUAAUUGUCAAAGAUGGUAGGGCAGGUUUAAUAUUUUUAUUAGUAUGGGCCUUUCGAUUAAAUACCAUUAUUAAUAAGGCAUGGUGCAUUUCUACUACAAGUUAAGUUAUGCUAGCUUGGACCAAGCCAGGAAGCUAAGGUCUAAAAUAAGGAGGCUUGUUAAAAAAUAAUACAAUUAAUGUUGACAUUAAUUAAUAUCCUACCAAAAACAUAAAUGUACACAGGAGAGUCAAGUUCGAUGCAAGAAGAAUUGAGAUCUAAAUGAGUGUCAAAUUUUAUGCAAAAUCGAAGUGUAUAUUUUAUAGGAAUAAAAUAACAUUAUGAAUAAGUAUUAAGCUAUUUUUUUGCUUUAUUGAACACCUAUAACAUUUGUUAUUAUCUAUAUAUAUUAUGAUCUUAAAGUAUGUUAGAUUUAAUAGUACUUGUCAGGCAAUCAAGUUAUCAGCCUGGAUUGUCCUAACCAAACUUUGAAAUAACACUUUUCAACAUGGGAUUAAGAUACAAUAAGAUUUUGUGAAAAUUGUAAAGUAUGAAAGAGUAAUUUAGUGUAUUUAAAAUAUGUUUGUGUAUUUUUUGUUGUCAAUGUUAUUAUUAAUUUUAAGUUAAGAUAGUUGUAGUUACUGUAAUAAUUGGUGUAAGCCGUUUUAAUUAACUGUAAUAAAUAAAUACCUAAAUAAAUGAAUAAUUAAAUAAAUGAGAA